AACCACACACACACACACACACACACACACACACCGCCUUCGGUUUGGCUCACAUACCGGUCGACAUGUUCACGGGGCUGCGGACGGAGAACCGUGGGGACUCCGGGGUCCUGGAUGCUGCGUCUCUGAGGCAACAGAGGAGGCUGAAGCAGGCGAUCCAGUUCCUCCAUAAAGACUCGGCUGACCUGCUGCCUUUGGACGGACUGAAGAAGCUCGGGACGUCCAAACAGGGGCAGCCACAUCAUAUCCUCCAGAAACGCCUGCUGGAGACCAAGUUGUCCCGGGGAAGGAUGAAAAUAUGUGGAGGGACACCAAACAACGGUGGGGUCCUCCUGAGUUCCAGUCAUUUAAAUUCACAUGAGGAGGAGGAGGAGGAGGAGGAAGAUUUCAUCUAUGUGCCCUGCAAAUGUUUAGGACAGGAGGUUAAUGUGCUGGUCGACACCGGCUGCAAACUGAACCUGAUGUCCUCGUUAACUGUGGACGGAUUUGGUCUGAAAGACCUGGUCGAGGGGAACAAGAUGGAGACGGACGGCUUUCCGUUUCAGCGGCAGCACUGCGUGGACGGACGUAUCAAGGAGCUCAGCCUGACCAUCGGGCAACUCAGAAUAAUGUGCUCCUUUGCCGUAGUCGAAAGUAACAGACCACUGAUGUCCCUGGGCAGCAAGACGUUAAAGUCGCUGAAGUGUGUAAUUGACACUGAAAAGCAGUUGUUGGUGUUUGGGACAAACGUGAGGGAGCAAGUUCAGUUUGCCAAAAGGCCAUUCAAUAAAAGUGGCCUGUGACCCGACCUUCUUCUUCUUCUUCUUCUCCUCCCCACACGGUGACCAAAAGCAAUAUAAUCACUUACCCUUACAACUGGAUGUCUCACUGGGGGAACGUCUCACCUCACAGUUUCUCACUUUCUCUCUGCCUGUCAGAAAAUCCACACUGACUUCACUUAUGUUAACAUGAAAGGCGGCACAGGCGGUUCCUCGUGUGGCCGUGAGUAGCGUUCCUGUAACCCUGAGCGUGAUCGUGUAGCCGUCACCUCAGGAGUACGUAUCAUGUAGCAGCUAGUGAAUUAUUGUUAGAAACUCUAGUGCUGUAGACUUUAAGAUUCUAAUAGAAGUGUGAUUUCUAGCUCUUAUAUCCUUCAGAUUAGUAUUGUUCAGGAAGAGGAGGUCAGCGUAGGAGGACAAACGUUUGAGAGUUUUUACUGCAGUGGAGUGUAGCUCAUUAACUUAGCACAGAACGACUGUUUAUCUACUGUAUUUUGUAACCUUCUAAAUGUAUUUUCUAGUCCAAAACAUGUAUUUGCCUUGAGGUCACUGCCUUUUAAUGUUUACAAAGCGAUAUGUGACAUUUGUCAGAUGUUGUACCACAUUCUAUGACUGUAGCAAAGUGCAGCACUGAGUGUCAAAUAAAAUCCCAAAUGAUGUG